AUUGUCGUGCGUGGGUGCGUAAGAUGCGUGCACGAUUUACUGUGCGUGAUUCUGCGCGAUGGGGGAAGGUUGGUGUAAUGGGUGGGGUCUAAACGAUGAAUCCCUUCUCUUCUCAUAUCUGAUUCGAUCUGAUUCGAGUCAGUUUCGAGUGGUCUACCAGUAUCCUUUGUAUUUGACGCGUAAUACUACAUUCACCGAUAUCCAUGUAAUGGCAGUAUUAAAUAAGCAUGAAGCAAAUAUUAGUUACAGAUCGUAGGUGUCUGAAAAUUAAUCAAGUCUUUUGUAAUUUUCAAACACAUCUUUAAAUCAAACUGUUUGGAACUUUAAUAAUUUACAAGAGUUCAUUAUAAUUUUCAAGAGUAACUGCUUUUAUAGUUCAUCUGUCAAGAUAACGAAUGUAUUGCGAAAUUCUACGGAAGAGGUGUGGAAAUCUUAUCAGGAUUAUCAGCGCUACAUUAGAUGUACUGAUCUAAGUUGUCUUGAUUUAUAUCCUGUGUAAUGUGAAUGAAUUUUGUGCCUAACAUUCCUAAAUCACAGGAAAAUAUUUGGCAAAUGUACAGAAAAUUCGCCCUUCGCCUAAUACUUAUCUGAAUCAUUCAAUUGACCGUCUGCAUGGAGGUGUUCACUAUAUAAACAUAUCAAUAUUGGAAAUCGAAAACUUGCUGUUUAAAUAAAAUGUAAUUCGUUUAAUGGUUAUAAUGAAGUGAUUAUAUCUGCAAAUUUUUACACAUUUUCUGCAUUUAUAUGUUAUCUAUAUGAUAUAUAUAUUUAAUAUACGUAUAUAUUCAUAUUAUAAUAUAUUUAAAUAGAUAAAUUAUUUAUUCAUAAUGGAAAAAAGAAGUAUCAGUGGAAAAGAUAUCUUAAGAAUGGAUGGUCUUUUACCACCAACUCGACGCUUACCUGUCUGUAAUGCUGUGACUUCUACAGAUAAGAAAAAAGAAAAAAAAUGGUCAAUUGGUGGAAUUUUGAAAAGAAUAUCAUCAAUUCGUGAUUAUGAUAGUUCUUCUAAUGAUGAAGAAAUUGUAUAUUGUACAAGACAACCAAAAUCUCGCACAGUAUUUAAUAGAAAAUUACAUAAUGUUGUGCUUCAACCAAUUGAAAAGAAUUCAAAUCAACAUUUAAAUAUUAAUGAUACUACAAAAUCAAUGGAUAUAACAAAUUUACAAAAAGAUUCUUUGAAUUCUCGUAGUAGUGAUGGAUCAUUGGAUGGAUUAAGUAAAAAAGCAAGGAAAAAUAAAUUAAAAGCACGAGUAGAAGCAAAACGAGACCGUAUUUGUGCAGAUAGUAGUUCAGAUGAAGAUUCACGUAAAUCUUGUAAUUCAUUGACAAGAUAUCAAAAUGAAAUUGCUGCACAUAGUACACAGAAAAAUAUUUCUUGUAAUAGAAAAAGUCGUGCAGCACGUACUGAACGUUAUAUAAAACGUUUAUCAAGAGAUGAAGGUCACAAGUUUCCAGAAAAUUUAAACAAUAUAACAAAUAAACGCACCAGUCUUGAUUUCAUGAAUGAAGAACAAUCAUCUGUUUCUACAGAUGCAAAUGAACCAUUUCAAUUUUCAGAACAAUCAUCAUACUAUAUCAAUUAUUCUAACAGUAAUACCUUUCCAAUAAAAAAAUCUGCUGAAAAUCUACGACAAUCUGGAUUGAUUGUACCUAAUUUACAAACAAAAUCAUCUACUGAUCUCACAAAAUAUCCAAUGAGCCAAUAUAUAACAGAUUUAAACCAAAAUAAUACUUAUGCAAAACCAAAUGUUUUAUACAGAAAUAAAAAUAAUUUAAAUCAAGAAGAAAAUAAUGUUUUCAAUUUAUCUAUGGCUAGUAAUACAAUUUAUGCUGAUCCAUAUGAUUAUACGAGAAAUCGUCAGUUUGCGAGUCGAAGUUCUUCUCCACCUGAACCUCCACCAAGAGAUCCACGUCGAAUUUUUACUUAUGGUUGUAAUUCUUUUCCAUUGAAUGAAAACUUUGGUGCAAUGAAAUACGAUGAUACUUUACGUACUAAAAUGAACGAUAUACAUGAAGUUACUAAAGAUCAUGUAAAAAGUUUAAGAUCCUAUGAUUCAAAUAAUGAAAUCAGUUGGUGUGGCUCGAUUAAACAUUGUCCACGACGUCCAUUGUCUUUAACUAUAAGCUCAACACCAUCUUGUAAUUUAUCAGAAUGUACAAACAAUAGACACAAUUCAACUGGCAGACACAUAGAUGAACCGAUGUUUAAAGAAACAGAAGCAAUGAAAUGUCAAAGGAGAAAUGAUCGAAAUGAUCAACUUACUUCAAGCUUUAAAAAUUAUGAUACCAAAAUGCGUGAAAAUAGAUUAUCUACUACUUAUAUUAAAAACAUGCAUAAUAAUUCCGUUUCACCUACUAUUAAUAAGUCUUUGGAUAGUUCCUAUACGAAAUCACCAAUAAAACAAAUUUCAAUCGAAAAUUUUUAUAAUUUACCAAAUGAUACAUUUGUUGAUCAUUUAAAAAUGGAAGAAAAUCAAUUAAUUAGUGAACAAGACACUUUAGAAAAAAAAAGAAGUUCUAAAAAUCUUGAAGAAGCGCUUUCUGAACUUGAAGCAAUAUAUAAUAGCCUCCGUUUAGGAGAUGAAGAUCUUCUUGAUAGAGCCGAACGACGUAGUAUGGAAGAAUUUAGUCUUCGUCAAGCAAAAACCAAUACUAUUUCAUAUAUUUCAGAAGAUUCUACAGAUAGAACAAAAGAUGAUAUGGCUUACAGAAGAAUGCAUCCUAAAGAGAGACCUGCAUCAUUGUCGGAAGUGGUUGGUCAAUCUGCACUCUCUAAUAUCAGUUAUCUGAUAGCUUCGCCUAUUUUAUCACGCAAAGAUAUAACUGAUGAUUAUCUAUAUGCUGGAAAUUGUGCAUCGCGUCGAGACGAACCAGAUGUGACACGAGAUGAUGUUGUUUAUCGGAGCAUUCAACAUGCUAAUAACACAUUAAAGAUAAUUGAUCCUCAACCUCCAUUUGGAAUUCCUUUAGGACCGGUAACGGCUGCCACAGAAAGCGACUAUUUACACACCACACCAACUAAACCAGACUAUCCUCGUUCGUCAUACAUACCACAGUGCGAGCCUGACAUUGUUACCGAUGAUUUGGCUUAUAGAGCUCUCAGAAAGGAUGCCAAUACAUCGAAAAACAUUGUUGAAAGUAAAAACAGUAUUAUUAGAGAUCAGGAAAUUACUUUUGGUACCAAAAAGAAACGAGCGGUUAGAUCUUUAUCUGCUAAUUUAUACGGUUUAAUUAAUCAUGAUAGAAUUCAUCUUCGAAGAGAACCUAGUCUUCAAGAGAUCAAAGAUGAAAUGAGUAACACUAUAAUAGAUAUGAAAUCUUUACCGAUACGAUCAGAUAGACGCGUUGUAAGCGAUGGUGAACUUUCCGAUUAUGAUCGAUGGCAUUCUGAUAGUUUAUUGAGAAAUUCCACUAAAGUACAGGACUUCGAAAAUAAAAAUGAGAAUGAUACAAGAGCACAAAACUCCAUAAUAUCUAAUGAUAUAUUACCUAAUGCAUUAAACAAUGAAUUCUGGCAGAAUUGCGUGCAGAGCAAAUCUAACGAGCCAUAUAAUCAAGAUACAGAAACUGAUUUCACAGCGUAUAGUCGUUUAUGCCAAGAUUUAGUUAAUUUAAUUGAAGGACAAAAUGAUAUGGAAAUGAAAUCAACUGAAGAAACACAUGUUCGUUCAGAACUUCCUGUAAUAGAUGUUUCAAAUGAUAAUAAUAAGAUGGAAGAAUCCUCAAUUUUACAUAUUCAAUCUUUAGGUAAUCAUUAUUCAGAAAAUAAUAUUGAAAAUCAUAAAAAUAAGGAGAACAUAGAGAAACAAACAGAAAUUCUCACUAAAUUUGAAAAAAAUAAAGAUUCUGAGAAGACUGACGAUAAUACGUUUGAUUUUUAUCUUCGUGUCGCAGACGAGAAUGUUAAACUAAUUGCAGAGGCGUUUAGCAGUGUGGCAGAUCACUUACGUGAUAGUCGUUUAAGCCAAAAGAAUUCGCUGACGUCGUAUCAUUCUGAAAUAGAAACCGAUAGUACAGCGCCCAAUACUAGUACUCGUAGCUCCAUUACUUGUAGUCAAGACGAUACAAAUGACGAUUUGUCUAGUUCGUCAAGGAUCACUGAUAUAUUAAAUGUAGUUCCUAAAGAAGAUACAACGAUAACUUUAAACGAGGACUGCAAUUUGAUAGAAUCAGAAAAAACAAGAACUAAUUCGCAUACCGAUCCAAAACUUGAUUUAUCCAAAGCUGUUUAUGAUUUACAAUUAGCAGCAGCGAGUUUAUGCAAACAUGAAAAGGAAAUUGAAGAAUUAGAAGCAUUAUUAAAGAAGGAUGCAACCAAUAAUAUUUCUUGCAAUAAUGUUUCGAUUAAAAAAGAUAUUUCGUCAUUAAAUAUUAUUGAAACAAAUUCAAUGACAUUAAACAACGAAAAAGAAAAAGAAAGCGAUCAAGAAAAAACUGUAAUAUCAACUGCUGUUAAACCAGAAAUUGAUGAACAUGACUCAAAUUGUGAAGGUGAGAGUACAAAAUGCAAGGAUACUUAUGAAUUGUAUGACAUUCCUCGUUCGACUGAAAUGCGUAUUUCAUAUGUUACUAACCUCAUAACAAUACUAUUUACUACAUAUUCUAUGGUUUUGCUGGCUUGUUUUCUUGCACUGCUUUUAGCGACCGUAGCAGCAUCAUGAUUGGAUCCUUAACGACAAGUGUCUUAAUGCAUUUCAUAAUUAGAAGGUUUGAUCCGAAACGUUGUUAUCAUUUUGAGGCUAUUAUUAUUUGAAUCAUGUUACUAAUGUCGUAGGUCUCCCGGCACUUGAUCAUUCAUGAUGUGAACCAUUCUAUUCGAGUGCAUAACUAACUGAUAUACUACGUCGUUGAGCGACAUGGCAGGACAAUUGAAUUUUAUGUAAGAUCGAGUUUCCGUGAACUAUUUCCGAAGGAAUGAUUUAUUCUUGUUGUUCUUGUUAAUAUUGUUGGUUUUAAUAAAGUUUAAAUGUUACGCUGUUGAUUUUAUUAUAUUAUAUUGCAUUUCUCAUGUAUUUCGUUAUGAAAAUAAAGAUCUGGAUUUUAGGUUGUACUAUUA